AUGCCCUUUCCCUUUAACGUUAUAAAAAUACAGAUAGGGCACAGAGGGGCGGAGUGGGGCGGGCUGUCACGUGGAGCUCGGGGCGCCGGCGCGGCCGGGCCGCCCGGGCGCUCGGCCGGGCUGGCGGCCGCGGCAUUCCCCUGCCGGCAGCCGGCCGCUCCGCUAUGCGCGCCGUCGCGUGGUCAUCUGCGCCCGCCGCGGCCGCGCUCGCGUCCCGGGCCCGUAGCGCGCCCGCUCCGUCGCGCUCGCCGCGCUGAGCCCUGCAUGCUGACGACCGGUCGGGGGGCGGGGCGGCAGGCGGCUUCGCGCAGGUGCGGCCCGCGCACGGCCCGGGCCCGCACCGGGCACGUCGCGGCCCGCGCUCAUGGAGCCGCCCUGGGAGCUCGAGCUCGAGCUACGGAGGCACAUCGAGAACUGCGCCUGCACGUGCGACCACAUGGGCUACGGCAACUACAUGGACUACCAGGUGGCGCCGGCGGCUCACGCGUGUCUGUGCCGCGCCAUCACCUCUCCGCACGCCCACGUAUG